AUGGCUAUUUUCGACAUCUAUGCAGUUCACCGAAAGUUCAAUAUGUGCUUAUGCGAGGAUGAUGUUCUUCUCCGAGAAUAUUGCGAUGCAUACACUGAAGUUUCCAAGCUGCUCUCAUGUCUCGGAACAGUGUUCUAUUUUGUCGUUCGGGAUGUGGACAACAAGCUUCGUAUCCUAUAUCGACAUAAUAGUCAAGAGCCGCAAACCUAUCGGAGCAUCCGCAGUAUGUGUGCUCACGAGGCUGAUUCCGGCAUGUCAGAUACCAUGAAAAGUUCCAUUGCUAAUAAUUACCUGUUCUAUCCUUUACCUGCGAGUCACGUAGUCGCACCCCACUCAACAUGA